AUGGCAGCUCACGGCAGCACAAACCUAACCGCAGUUGAACCGAAAGUCACCAAGCUUGAUCUCCGGGCCGAGACGUCUCUAAAUUACGAAAAAGAAAAAUACAAAUACGAGGCUUACCUUCCACACUAUACUCCAGGUUUGCAGCCGCCGCUAAAGGAAUUUAUUCAUGAAGAUCCUGGCUUGCGUGCAGACCCGGCCAAAAAGGCACUCCUGGGUGCUUUGGGGUCAAAAUUUAAAGAAAUAACCCCAGCAAUAGGAACCGAGGUCCACGGUCUUCAGCUGAGCGCACUUACAGCGCAACAGAAGGAUGAGCUUGCACUUCUUACCGCCGAACGAGGAGUGGUACUCUUCCGCGAUCAAGAUUUUGCGGACAUUGGCCCUGACCGACAACGCGAAUUCGGUGCUCACUUUGGAAAACUUCACGUUCACCAGAUGGGAACCCAUAUCAAGGGUUAUCCAGAGCUACUGCCUGUAUACAGAGAUUUUGUGGCGGGCGCAGUUGACCAGGAGAUCAAAAACAAUAUCAGCAGCAUCAAAUGGCACUCAGACAUGAGCUAUGAAGUCAAUGGAAUGGGGCUUACUAUCUUCCUUCCCUUGGAUGUUCCUGAAUCUGGAGGUGAUACUCUUUAUCUAUCCACGACAGCCGCAUACAAUGCCCUAUCGCCAGCAUUUAGACAGACCCUCCAUGGAAAAUUUGCGACGCAUUCCGGAUUUUCUCAAGCAGCCGUUGUUGAUCACCGAGAGCGAUUCAUCCGAGAUCCAAUUGAAACAGUCCACCCAGUCAUUCGAACACAUCCAGUUACCAAAACAAAUUCACUCUAUGUCAACAGAUUGUACACUCGAAAAAUAGUCGAUUACAAAGAAGAGGAGAGCUCUCAAAUUUUGAACUUCUUGUACAAUCACAUUGAACACGGCCAAGACUGGCAUAUCCGUAUUCAUUGGCUACCGGGUACCGUUGCAGUUUAUGACAACCGAGUUACGCAGCAUUCUGCGCUGAGAGACUUCGCUGUUCAAGAAUCUUUGACUAGAAGACAUAUGCUCCGUGUGACACCUCAAGCAGAGCGUCCUUACUAUAAUCCACAGGCUGAGAAGUAA